AUGACUGAGAGCGCUGAAGUCAAACAGGAAGAGCCAUCAGAGCAAAUAAAUGGUUUGAAAAGAGAUCACGAAAGCGCCACAUUGAACGACGGGACGGGAAACCAAGCCUCGGUUGCCAAAAGACCAACGAUAGUGCCAGCUUGCCGACCAAAAUUACACUACACCCCUCUCAAAACUGGACUGUGUUAUGAUGUCAGGAUGCGCUACCAUGCAAAAAUCUUUACAUCCUACUUCGAAUACAUUGAUCCUCAUCCAGAGGACCCUAGGCGAAUUUACAGAAUUUACAAGAUAUUAGCAGAAAACGGCCUAAUAGACGAUCCAACCCUCAGUGGAGUUGACAGUAUUGGCGAUCUUAUGCUCAAAAUUCCCGUUAGAGAGGCUACCGACGAGGAAAUUUUGCAAGUCCAUACCAAAGAGCACUUGGAAUUUAUCUCCAAGACCACCAGCAUGACAAGAGAUCAGCUUCUGAAGGAAACCGAAAAAGGUGAUUCUGUUUACUUCAACAACGACUCAUAUCUUAGUGCGAAACUCUCAUGCGGUGGCGCCAUUGAAGCUUGUAAAGCGGUCGUUGAGGGGCGUGUCAAAAAUGCAUUAGCAGUCGUGCGGCCUCCUGGACAUCAUGCUGAACCUGAAGUGGCAGGUGGAUUCUGCCUUUUUAGUAAUGUUGCAGUUGCUGCGCAGAACAUUUUAAAAAACUACCCCGAAAGCGUACGCAAAAUUAUGGUUCUUGACUGGGAUGUCCAUCAUGGCAACGGAACUCAAAAAGCCUUUUACGAUGACGACCGCGUGCUCUACAUUUCACUUCAUAGACACGAGUUGGGAAAGUACUACCCAGGGACUAUUCACGGGAACUCUGACAGAGUUGGAGAAGGGAAAGGCGAGGGAUUUAAUUGCAACAUACCCUGGCCCUGGAAAGGAGUUGGCGAUUCCGAGUAUCUGUGGGCGUUUGAGCAGGUGAUAAUGCCAAUGGGGCGUGAAUUUCGACCCGAUCUAGUGAUAAUAUCUUCAGGGUUUGAUGCUGCGGAUGGCGAUACCGUUGGCCAGUGUCACGUAACUCCCAGCUGUUAUGGGCAUAUGACGCAUAUGCUGAAAUCUUUGGCCAGAGGCAAUCUUUGCGCCGUUCUUGAGGGUGGUUAUAGCUUGGAUUCUAUUGCUAAAAGUGCCUUAGCAGUAGCCAAGGUUUUGAUAGGAGAGCCACCAGACGAGUUGCCUGUAGUUAAACAACCCAAGCUCGAAGCCGUCGAAGUGAUUGAUUCCGUUAUUAAAACCCAAUCUAAGUACUGGAAGUGCUUUAAGAGUACACAUGGCAACGAUGGUUGCUCUUUUAAGGAACAGGCUACCGAUACUGCAAUCAACAAAAACUUUCCUCUACAAAACGCAAUACGGCAGCAACAAAUGCGGUUGUUGGCAAACGAGUUCAGAUUUGUUACUUUGCCGCUUUUCAAGAAAGAGCUACCAGACGACACAGCAAUCUGCUCUCCAAACAUUUAUGAUGCUUCCGCGAUUAUAGUGUGUGUUCAUGAUACUCCCAGCAUAUGGGCUCAAAGAAGUCGAGCCACAGGCACAAUUGAUCCCUCAACAUCCAUCAUAGUCGAUACUACCCUUGAUGUGAUAAAAUGGGCUUCGAGUAGAAAUUACGGAGUCAUUGACAUCAAUAUACCUCAGUCGCUUCAUGAACAAGACAACUACUCUGCUGUGAUAACAGCGCAAGAGGUCCUUGUACACAUUUGGGAUAACUACCUAAAAUACUUCCCAAGCCUUAACAGGGUUGCCUUUGUUGCAAUAGGAGAUGCACACAGCGGGGUGGUUCACCUUCUUGGUCACAGGGACACGAGGAGUGUUGUCAAGUCGGCUGUUUCGUUUGUUGAUCAAAGGCCACUAAGACCGUUGAUUCCUCUUGUUGAUGAAACGUUAGCUGACUGGUAUUUUAAAAAUUCACUGGUUUUUGCAAGUGCUGAACACACUUGUUGGGGCAACGACGGUAAUGAGAACAAGAAACCAAGAAAAAAAUUUGGAAGAGUACUUAAGUGCGACUCCGAUGGGAUAAAUAACAUACUUGAAGAGAGGUUUGAGGAGGCAACAGAUUUUAUUCUUGACACUUUCGAAGAAUGGAGCGACAGCGAAUGA